GGAGAAAAGGUGGAGUUCUCCGAACAAGCCAAUCGCAAAAGGUCUUUGUAAAUUGAUCUAUGGCCUGUGAUGAUGGAAUUAUCCUUCAUAGCGCGGACGAGCAUUCGAUCAUAUCUGUCGCUGUAGAAGCGCUAAUUCUGAUCAUCUUGAGCUCAUCUCUCAACAUCCUCGCCAACAAUCGCGUCGUGCUCUUUGCAUAGCACCUUGCCACAUCAUUCUGACAUCCAUCAACACCACACAAGAGCAACGCAACAAUGUCUUCAUGGGGAUCAGCACCACCUUCACCUACCAUCCCAGGUAGCCCAGGGCUACUCUCUGAAAAAGCCUCAAUGGAGCGACAAUCCUGGACACCACGCCGCUCCCGCAGCCCGAUCAGAGGAAAACGCGGUCUCGCACCACUCCUAGCCCUCAUGCUCGUAGCUGUCGUCUUCAUCACCACAAUGUCUCUCCGACCACACUACACAGUCGAUGCAGCGGAAUGGAUUCAAAAACAAUCUGCUCAACGCUUCAAGGACGCUCAACUUAAAUUGAAAGGCACUUGGACUGUUUACGAAGAGAAAGAUUUCCCAGUCAGCAAUCCUUUGAUUACUGUCGCUACGACUGAAGAGGACUCCGGGUUGCGACAGACACAUCCUGAAUUGGAAGAGGCGACUUUUGAUCCUUUGGCUCCGAAGCCUACGCCUGAGUUGUCGGUUACUGGACAGCCAGUUUUGCAUCAAGGUGUUGUGGUUUGAGCGACGUACGAUGUCAGUGUCAAAGACACCCACAGCAACAACGCAGUGUGAUAUCAUCACGACUCGACUCCAACGCGACGAACAGGUCAGCGAUUCAUCGCGUCGCCUAUGUGCUCCCAAAAAACCAUUCCUGCACCAGGCGCAUCCUGCUCUGCAGAAGCGAGAGGAGAGGGGGGGCCUAACCGGGAAGCUCCGUUUGGUUCUUCCUGUGGUUGGUUUCGGCAAACUGCACUCCGCAUAAAACGCCACCAACGCAGCUGGCUUAUAUGGGAU